GUGUGUGGGGACGGUAGGGAAACCCAUGACUUCCGUGUUUUUCCUCCCUUUCUGAAAGUGACUUUACGUAAAACCCCAAAUAGUAUAAAUAGUCACCAUCCUGCAACAUAUACCUUGACUGGGACUGGACUGAAUAAUCUCGAGCGGACUACCUUGUGGACGUAAACCAACCAACAACUGUAGCUAUAAAGCUGUAAAAAGCUCACUGGCGAGUCAAACAUCUAAAAGUCGGACUGUGUGAACACUUUGCUCGAAGCUCAGGACACCCUACUGCCGAUUCAUGGGACAGCAAACUAAAGAAGUGGACACUGAGUCGCUCCAGGAAAGAAGCCCCCGUCGUGGACGGUGCCUGGACAAUUUUCUUGUCAUGUCCAUCGCGUUUCUGUUUGCGGCAAUGACAGUUCUGACCGUCGGUGGAGUGAUGGCUGUGAUGCAACUGCGGUCCGAGGUGAAGUCCUUGAGCCCGAUCUCCUCACUUGAGAGGUCGGAGUUGUUGAAAGGAGACGCAUCUUCCCCAGUAUAUAAGAUGGAGAAAUUUGCCUACCUUUCAGCCGGCUUAAGUACUUUAGGAAACUCCACCAUGCAAUGGAUUAAAAACGCCUAUGGUGAAGGGACAUCUGUAGGAAACGACUUCGACUUUAACCAGGCGCAGCAUUCACUGAAGCCACUUCGGAAUGGAACCUACUUCAUGUACCUCGAUCUCCAUUUCAGCUGUACCUACCAAUGCAAGCCCAACGUUGUAACCGUAAGUGUGGGUGAUAAACUCACCUGCAAGGUGGAGCUGCCGGAAAAUUCAGCACCUGUGAGCAAGAAAUGCUGGACUGUUAAACGACUACAAAGCGAGGGACUGCUCGCUCAGAUGACAGUACUAAAGGAAGGAAUGGAUAAUUGGAAACUGGAGCUCCAGAACUCAGGAUUUGGAAUUUUCCUCAUAGACUCGUAGAUGUGCAUGCUGCAGUGCUACUGCUGUUAUCUAGAUGCAGAUGCACCCAAGACCUGUGGGUUGUAACUAACAAGAACAGGAGUCUGUUUUUUCAUAAGCCCACAUAGGUGAAAACAGGCAGGCAUGGGUGCCAUUUUCAGAGCUAUGACAAGGUUCCUUGCAAAGAGUUUAGGAGAAAGAACCUCAUGAGACUUUGAAGUGGAAUCUCAGGAAAAGUUUAUCAAUUAUGAUAAGUCAGACAGAAUAUAGAGAAACUAGAAACUUGCCUCAUUCUGUGUGAAUGUGUACAAAUUUUUCUCUGUAUAUUUAUUUGGUCAUAUGGAUUUAUUUAUGUACUUAUAUUGCUUUUAUUUAUAACAUAUUUAUAGGGAUGUUUCUAUUUUGUGUAGGAUUUUUAAAAAUGUAAAGUAGUUGUCACUACGUUGGGACUGAUGUGCAAUAUGUGGAUUUAAAGUUGUUGUUGGGGUUCUGCAACCGAAACGAAAACAGGCCCUUCAGGGAUACAUUUAGUUGUUCUGUAGUUAAUUUCUUCUUGCAAACAAUGACUAACAGAGAGAUGAGUAAGACUGUGCACUUCGAAUGAUUUAUGCAGAAACAGUCUGAUUUAUUGAAAACAUGUCCAGAAUGUCUAAAAACAUCUUGUUUAUUUUGUCUCCAAUAAAGGCAUUCUAUUCUAUUCUAAAAUUAAAUGUACGGAUUCACAAACUAAAAAACUGUUUUGCCUUUGAAAAAUAUCAAAGUUCUGUGGA